AUGGAAAGCGAAAGUGCACAGGGAACGCUGAAUUCUAUGCCGUUGGACGACCUGAGGCCCGGUUUAGGGCGCGAGGCCCAUUGGGCCUUCAUGAUCGUUGCGGUGGCGAUGCUCGGUCUGUUGCUCUGGCCCCACGAGGAAGACGACACGGCACCGAUGGGCAAUUUGGUGGACGCGAGUGGUCGCGUGGUACCCCUCGCUUCCCAAACCGCUCCCGUGACGCUGAUCCAUUUCUGGUCGACCUGGUGCCCGCCCUGUAUUACCGAAACCCCGGCGAUUCAACGCCUUGCGGCAGACUACGCGGACAAUCCCCGUUUCCAGCUGGUGAUGGUGGCCGUGGCCGACGACACCCAAAAGGUGAGCGAGUUUUUGGGCGCCUCAGGGCCGGGGCUCUUCGAUCCCGAUUGGAAAGUGGCCCGCAGCUACGGUACCCAGAAAUUGCCGGAAACCCACCUCGUGGUUCGCGGGCGUUUGGUGGACAGCUACAUCGGCGCCGUCAAUUGGGAUGAUCCGGAGAUCCGAGGUCAAAUCGAGGACGCUCUCGGAAUGGCCAUUCGCGAGGAAGCGGAAGAAGCCGCGGAGGCAGCACAAACGGCGACCGGCUAG